AUGUUGAAGUUAAGAUCAGAUAACGGAGGAGAGUAUAUUUCUAAAGAAUUUCAGAACUUUUGUUACAGUAAGGGGAUACAGAUGCAGUAUACAGUCCCGUAUAACCCAGAAAUGAACGGAGUUUCGGAACGUAUGAACCGGACCUUAAUGGAAAAAGCUAAGACUAUUUUAAUUGACUCACAACUUAGGAAGGAGUUUUGGGGCCAUGCAGUAUUAUUUUCAGCGUACGUCACAAAUAGGAGCCCGACUGAAGGGAAACAGAAAACGCCAGCAGAGCUAUGGGAAGGUAGGAAACCAAAUGUAUCUAAUAUGCGAGUGUUCGGAUGUACAGCGUACAAUCAUGUACCUAAAGAAUUAAGACAUAAACUGGACAACUCCGGUAAAAAACUGAUUUUCAUUGGAUAUUAUACCACCGGAUAUAAACUUUACGAUCCUGAAACAAAGAAAAUUAUAUUGGCACGGAACGUGAUCUUUGAUGAGACAAAACCAGAUUGUGACAAAUAUACAAAAUAUGUACUGGACAAGACAGAAGAGACAGAGAAGGAAGUGAGUAAAGAUGAACAAGAAAUUGAAAAGGUAACCGAAGAAGAAAAUGAACUUACAAAUAAUGAGGAAAAGAAAAUAGAGAAGAUAAAGAACAAAGAAAAUGAAGAGAGUAAAAAUCAAGAUGACAAAAACCAGAUGAAGACUGUAACAGAGAAGACAGAAAGCUCAGAAAGAGGGAGAGCAAGGAGAGAAGUAAGAAAACCAGUAUGGCAACGGGAUUACGAAAUGGACCUGGACAAGGAUGAUUCAGCAUUAUAUGCAUUACUAACAGGUUAUCAGGAUGCUCCUACAAAUUAUGAUGACAUUAAAGGAAGAAGAGAUGAAAAUGAAUGGAAAAAGGCAAUCAAUGAAGAAUUAAAGACUUUAAAAGAAAAUGAAACAUGGAAAUUUGUACCUGUACCAAAGAAUGAAAAAUUACUGGAUAGCAGAUGGGUCCUUACAAAGAAGAAUAUAGGAAAAGAAGAAAUAUGUAAAGCAAGAUUAGUUGUGAAAGUGAUAAAUCCAGUAGAGGUAUAUUGUAAGAAAUUUACACGUUACCACGUUUACUUUAUAAGUAUUUUUUUCGUUACCAAAUUGAUGUCUGUGUGGCAUACCCUUAACAUAAUUUUUCUGUCGCCACCAAUGAAGUAUACUUGUAGCGGCGAUGAAACGGCAAAAGAAAACGCGUGUCCCUGUAAUAAUCCAGUCUGGGAUCACAGCAUGUUCACGAAAACAGUGCAGACGAAAUUUGGGAUUAUAUGCGACAAAAAAUGGCUCAUUAGUUUAAGUGAAAGCAUUUCUUUCUUCGGUUUGCUAGUAGGAGCCUUAGUUUUUGGAGUUUUGUCUGACAGAUAUGGACGCCUAAUGAUAUAUGCCGUAUGCCAGUUAAUUAUCAGCUUGGCAGGUUGUUUAGUGACCGUCACACCCACGUUAUUGCUUUUCUGCUUUGCGAGAUUCUUCGAAGGCGCCGGCACCGGCGGAGCAAUCGUCACCGGCUACGUACUGUGCGUGGAGUUCUGUGGAACUGACUACCGCCCGGCCGUAUCUACAUUCAUUCACAUGGCCUCCAACUUGGGACUCAUCGUUCUGGCUGGCAUAUCUUACCUCUUAAGGGAUUGCGAUCAAUUCCAGCUAGCGAUCUCUGUGCCUGUCAUGUUCUGUGCCAUCAUAAAAUUCUUGGUCUUGGAGUCGCCGAAAUGGUUAAUGGACAAAAACAAGAAAGAGGAGGCGAUUAAAGUCAUGGAGAAGUUCUGUCGCUUCAAUAAAACACCCUACGAUACGGUCAGAGCUGAGAUUGAAACCUACCUUUCAUCGCAAAGUGACAUAAAAACAGAGAACAUUAAAUUUUACCACAUCUUUAAAUAUAGAAAACACACUAAGAAUUUUUCUGUUAUGGCGUAUCUAUAUUUCGUUUGUGGCAUGUGCUACUACGGAGUUUCACAGUUCAUAGGAAAAAUGAGCCCACAAGUUCAUACAAAUACAGUGAUCAAUGGGGCCUUACUAAUGUUUGGAACCAUUAUUGGCAUGUUUAUAGUAAAUAGGGUCGGGAGGAGACCAUUCCUUAGAACAACAAUGUUUCUAUCUGGUGUGUUUAUGUUAAUCGUAAUUUGUGUGCCGGUGACUUUCAAUCCUUCUUGGGUAAGAACAAUGUUUGCCGGUUUAUCUAGUUCUUGCUAUUAUAUGUCUUUUAUUGUUAUUUUUCUUUACGGCGUAGAAUUAUUUCCUACAAAUAUACGUAGUUCUACGUUAGGUGUUUUAUCACUUGUGUCCAGAAUUGGGCAGGUUAUAGGUCCUCAAAUAAAUGCUUUAUCGAAUACUGCAGCAGCUUGUACAUUUGGGAUUUCGGCUCUUAUUGGAGCUCUUGUAACUUUUUUGUUACCUGAGACAAAAGGAAUCGCACUACCUUCUAGCUUAGAAGAUAGUAAUCAUGUUAGAUUUCUCGAUCGAACUAGCGCUAUUUCGACAGCUGACGACACGCAACCACCUAAGUCAUCGUCAACAGUCAAAACCUAG